AGAUCACCACAAGGCAUUUUUCUCCAAAAAUAGACAUGAGGCGGGCAAUAUGGCGAAUUGCACAAUGACAUUUCAAACACAGAUACUGAUCAAAUGUUUCUCGCAUAACAUAAAUAAAUAGCAGAUCUAUAAUUCUAAAAGACUAAUCACGUGAAAGAAGGAUCUUCUGCUUGGAAAUGCUUAACAAAUAUAUCCUUCUUACAGAUAUGCUGUUCUAAAAUUGAUGCUACACUUGUUUCUCACAGGGUUCGUGGUCAAAACGAGCAAUUGAAGUGGAAAGCCCUCAGGCCAUGUUGCAAUGGGAUGAAUUAGCUAAACCCAUUGACAGCACUUGUGCUCAGGCCAUUCAUUCAAGACCAGAAGCACAAAGUUCAAAUUGGGUUCCUACAAAUUCUGGCAGAGAAUACCAAGGAAAUGCCUCAAUGGGCAAGGAUUUGCAGAUAGGAGUAGCAAGUACUCCAGACUUGCAGAUUAAUGCUGAAGAAGGGUCAAAAGAUGAAGAGACAUUGAUUGGAAAGCUAGAGGAUCUGAACACCGCUCAAAAGAGUGAGUUAAGAGGCGAGGAUACUGCCAAUGGUGUUCUGACCAAAGAAACAGGAACUUAUAAUAACACGACGACGAAAGAGAUGCCCUCACUUGAACUCAGUUUGAUGCAACACAGAGAAUUUGGAGACAGUGGGACCACGGUGCAAGAACGCAAUAUACUGAGGCACUCGGGCCAAUCAGCAUUCUCAAGGUAUGGUGGCGGUACUACUGCUACAACUUCUGCUAACAAUCAGGCUCCAACUGGAAAUGUGGGAAGCUGCUCUAAUGUUGACAACACCAACAACAACAACACCAACAACAACGACUACAACAACAAUAGUUCGGAAGUAGCAAAAACAGGAUCAAUGCAUAAUUCAAGUAGCAUACCCAAUCAGCAGUCGAAUGGCAGUAGUAACAAUAUCCAUGAUGUGGGCUCAUCAACCAAUAAAAUUCCAGUGAAGCCACCAGAAACUAAGAUCCCGUUUGGAAAAGUUGAAUCUGUGGCACAGGCGGCCUUGGUACAGUCGAGGGUGAUGAUGCAACAGCAGCAGGUUCAAGUUCAGCACCACCAUCACCAUUACCAUCACCAUCAUCACCAUAUGCAUAGCCAGCAGCAACAACAACAUCAAAAUGACUCUUUGCCGGUUAGAGGAAAUGGUGAAGAUGCUCCACACUAUAUGUUAGGGGGUGAAGGAAACUACACGAGUGCAUCGGGAAGUAACAAUGGAAGCAAUGGGCAGGAUGAAAGCAACGCUGCCGUGGUUGGCGAGGAAACAACUAACGACAACAUGGAUACUGAAGACGAGACGGAAGCAAUAUGGAAAGCUGGCGGUGGUGAGAGUGGAAGUGGGAGCAGGAGCGGGGUGGUGGACCAAAGUCCACAAGCGCUCAGGGAGGCAGCCUUGAACAAGUUCCGGCAGAAAAGGAAAGAGAGGAACUUCGGUAAAAAGGUUCGGUAUCAAAGCAGGAAGAGAUUGGCCGAGCAGAGGCCACGCGUCCGUGGACAAUUUGUGAGCCUGUCUUCUUCCCCCGACAACAACAACAACAACGACAAAGGCAAAGCAAGUGAUUCAAAUAGCUGACCUCGGCCUGCCUGGUCGCUCGAUGAUGGUGCUUGCAAUGUGUGUAUUAUGUGUACGUGGUGGCGGCGGCGGUGGUGGUAAGCAGCAUUGGGAUAUGGAGUCUAGUUACUGGCAGUUAAAAUAUGUUUGGUUGUUGGACCCCAUUAUUCAUUCCCACACGAUUGAUUUGUGUUUAUGUCUCUAGUCUUUAAAAUAAUUAUUUACUCGUAAUUAUUAGGACACACAAACACUUUGCUAGCGCUCAUUUACUAAUGAAUAACCACUUAACAAGCCCUGUGUUACUUGUUUCAUAAUUAUUGUACUCAUUUUGGACACUUUGAAAUAUUAAUUUUUUUUUAAUUUUACUUUCUGGAUUAUUCAGUCAUGCUUUUUUCAUUAUUAACUAUUAACAAUCUGAGUUUAUGUAUGUUUCUUCUUUAAAGGAAGUGUGUAUAACCCAUGCUCACAGAGGCCCUUGUACCGCACCUGGUUGGUAGGAUUGUCCACUAUUUGGAAAUCAUUGGCAUUGAAAACAAGAGUGCAGUUGUUAUCUUUGGUAAAUCGAUGGACAGACAAUAGAUUGGAGGUAAGGGAAGGGACAUAAUGAAGAGUAGAAAGGUGGUAUUUACCAUUAGGAGUAUGGACAAAACCUGAGCUAGAGUGUGUGAUGGGUAGGGAUUGACCAUUUCGUACGGUAAUAACAUCAGUACCGGUGU